AUGGCUGCUGCUGGGAUGGACGGAAAUGGGACGCCAAGUGCGUCUCUUGCCGGCUCAGAAGCGCCUGCCCAAGCGGCAGCGGAGGCACCGAGCGUGCCAGAGGGACUGUGUUGCAAGCUGUGCGCUCGCACCCUGCCAGCGUCUUCGCCGGGAAGAAUGCGAAAUAAGACGUGGACUUGCCGCCAUUGUUUGUCACUCGAGUUGCUGCUCUAUCGACAUCUGGGGUCGUCGGAAAAGCAGGGCUGGUCAGUCGACUCUCGCACCGACUUCUAUCGACGUGCCACGGCCGUAGAAGUGGCCGGUUGCAGGUGGUCCACAGUGAAAACAAUGAUUGUGGAGUCUCAAGCCACGCGCUUGGUGAAGGAGCAGGAGAACCGUGUGACCGCGAAGUCUCUUCCCCUCUCGGUCUGGAUCAAGAAAGGUUAUGAUGAAGAAGCGGUGAGGAACUAUCCAGCGGAGGAGGAUGAAAAUUUGGGCACUCUGUACGCAGUACCUGUGAAGUCGGUAACAAUGAAGGAAGCACUGCAGCUCAUCGAAGAAGAAUUGCAGAGGAAGGAGAAGGAAGUGCUGCAGAAGAAUGCGAAGAAAGUGAAACGUCAAGACGAUGACGUCGAUGGACACGAAGAGGAGGAGUGGGAUGUGGUUCCACACAGACCCGCUGCGAGCGGAGGGCAGCCGAAAGGUAAGAAGGCCAAGACUGAUGGCAACACGGCUGCAGCCACUGAGAAAGCCUCGAAGAGUGCGGCGAGAGCGGCCGUGCAAGCCAAUAAGGCAAAUGAGCAGCUGACCAUGCUGGCUUCCAAGGCUACGGGCCUCCUGAGCAGGGUGCUAAAGGCGACGCAGACUUUGCUGCAGCAAGCUGAGAAGGCGAAGCUGGAAGGCAAGCAGGAGGUGGUAGACUUGAAAAAUUCCUGGGAGCGUGGCACGGCGUGGAACAAGGCUUGCGUGUCCGCCUUGCCAUUGGCAACUGCCGCGCAGGGCACCGGCGCCCGCUUGGAUGCGUUGCCUUUUACCAACAAAGACUUGCAGGACUACGCUAAGGCAACAGCUGUUUUGCAGAAACAGAUCCGUGAAGAUCUGAAGAGCUUGAAGCCGGCCAAGGCUGCUGCGAGCAAGCAGGAGGAAGCAAAAAGUGACAGACCCGAUGCCUGUACGUCGACUUUGAAGGCUGCCGCUCGCGAGCGUCUACGCGACGCGCGGGCCUGCUAUGAAGCGUGGCGGGUGCCAGCCACUGACGAAACAAUCUGGAUGCCGCGUGCACCGGAAAUGCUGAAAUUUAUGGUGGACGAGUCGCCUGCGUGGCGUGCUGCCGUGUCAGAUGCGUUGGACGUCAACGACGGGGUUUUAUGUCCAAUCAUCUAUCAUGAUGACAUCACGUGUGGAAACAUUUUGGCAGUCAUUAAAAAGAAAAAGGUGACUGCGGUGUAUCUCACUGUACGUGAAAUGUUCCCUCAUGUGAGCCUAGAAGCUGCGUGGCUUCCCUUGCUGGUAAUGCAACGGGUCCAACAGGAGGAAGUGCCUGGAGGUUUGUCUGCAGUGAUGGCAGAAUUGGUGCGUCGUCUCAGGCGGGCUGGAAGAGGCUUUGCGUUGGAAAUCGAUGGACGAGUUAGGCAAUGUAGCUUCACGGUGCCAUGUCUCUUUGCGAGUGACAUGGAUGCUCAAAGAGCAACUUGGUCGAUCAAAGGCUCCGCAGGUUUGAAACCAUGCAUGUUCUGCGCCAACGUCAUAGCAAAGUACGCCCUGCGCGGGCAGCAUGAGUCAUUUGAAACGAUCGCUUCUGCAGCUUGUGACAAGUUCAAGGCAAUUUCGGAUGCUGACUUUCAAGCAGCGGUUCGUCAUAUCGCAGCACAGCCAACAAAAGCUUCCAGGGAACAAUGGGAAAGAGCAUAUGGCUUGACAUGGGAUCCCCAUAGCCUUUUGGCAGACGCAGAUGCAUUGUCGUGCUUGCCCCCCAGCGGCGCAUGCAACGACGUCUUGCAUGCGUACUUCUCCAACGGUGUGGCGUCUGUAGAACUGUGGCAGCUUGUCAAUACACUGGGUCCGCUAGGAAUUUCCCUGGGCAACCUGAGUGGUUUGGCAUUGCAGAAACAAUGGCUGCGAUAUGGGAAGAAUGUGUCGCCGUCGCAGACGUGCAUCAAACAUAUUUUGUCAGACAAGAUGUUUGAUAAUGAACGAUCCUUCAAAGGAGAUGGUACGGCGACGGAACCUCUCGUCUUCCUGCUUUGGUAUGUACUGUGUGAGCACGUGGAGCCAACUCCUGCUCUGAGUUCUGCAAUGAGAAGUUUCGAGAGUCUCCAUGCGUGCGUGCGUGAGCUGCGCUUCCUCCGCAAAUAUCCCGGAGCUCUCAGCUCAGAAGAACAAGUAGCACGCCUACGUGGCCUCCAAAGUUUGCAUCAACAAGACUUCAACGAAGCCUACGGGGCAGAGAACAGUAUCCCAAAGCAUCAUCACCGAUUUCAUAUUCCUGACGGAGCUUUGAAACUUGGAUUCCUUCCGCACUGUGAAACACAUGAAUCCAAACAUCGCUGCCUCAAAAGUGGUGGAAUCGUAGAUAACCAAAGAGGCAAACUUAACGAGCACGCCCACUUCCAGUAUGAGGUGGUGACACGGAUGUUGAAAAUCACCCGCUCUGAAUCCGUUGAAUUUGGCUUGACACGUUGGGAAUUAUUAACACCGACGAAGCCGGCAUGCCAAGCCAUGCGGUCAGAGUUCCAAGAUGAGACGCUUCUGUGCGGCAAACGUAUGCAAUUAAGGCGACAUGUCUUGAAAGAAAACCAGCCCAUCAUUAUUGAAAACACAGCCUAUAUAGUCGAAAAGUGCCUGAGUGGCACACGCGCAGGUCUUUGGCUGCAGUUGAAACCGUUGGUUCACAAACAAACUUUUCCAUGGGGAACUCAAUGGACGGAUGAAAACAUCCCGCCCCAAUGCUGCAAACCCAAGGCCAAACAUGCGCUGAUGACACCUGUGUGGUGGCAAUUUGAAGCACCCACAUACACGUUCCUGGGAUGA